GGCUUUAUGGGCGGAAAUGUUUACUCGGGCGUUUUGGGUCAUCACAAUCCACACAAGAGCACACUUCUCCGUUAAGAAGGAAAGAAAAACACCACAUUUCGCACCAAGCAGCGAUCCAUCGUGAGUGUGUCAAAAUGUGUAAAGUGAAAAUUUUGAAAUCGUUGGUGAAGCAGCGUCUUAACGUGGCCGUCGAAGAGAUUUUCGGAUUGUUCGAAAGAACCAUCGCGGAGUACGAGGAGGAACUUUGUCGAACCAAAAAGGAGAACGAGCGACAACGCGACCUACUGGACGCUAUUCUCAACCCUCAAGUUCGACUGAACAGAACAGAUGUGCAGCAGGUGUUGGUGGAGAGUCAAGAAAUAGGCGAAGAGCCUGCGCAGCCCCCCCACAUUAAAGAAGAAGAGGAGUGGAAUAGUCAAGCCUGCCAGGAGGCUGGCAUCACCAUGCUCACACCAUCUGGUGUCCAUGUAAAGACCGAAGACAACAACGACGGUCAGCCUUUGCCACGUCAAAGUGAGGACAACCGAGGGGCCAGGUCGGGACAAUGCUCGUCAGCAGAAGCCGAAGAUCUCCACUCGCGAGCAAACUACAUGGCGCCGCUAUCUGAUACGGAAGAUAUGACAUCCCGCUCCUCGGACAGCGUCAACACAAAAAAAGUUCCAAACGCCAAAAAAGCCAAAAAACGCAAAUGCUCCGAAUGCGGUAAAACGUUUGCCUGUGAAAGCGAUUUAAAAAGACACAUGGUCACGCACACGGGUGAGAAACCGUUUGCGUGCUCAGUGUGCAAUAAAAGAUUCCCCUUUAAGCAUCGCAUGCUCAUACACAUGACUAUACAUACGGGCGAGUAUACACAUUCCUGCUCAGUUUGCGGGAAAGGAUUCCGAUAUAGGUGUGACAUGGAAGGUCACAUGAGCAAACACACCGGCCAGAAACUGUACUCGUGUUCGAUUUGCGCUAAAAGUUUGUCUUGUAGAGCGACGCUUCGGAAUCACAUGAAAAUACACACCGGGAAGAAACUCCGUACCUGCCCCAUUUGCGGGAAAGGUUUAUGCGGGGGCGCGUCGUUCGGCGCACACGUGAGAAAACACACGGGGGAGAAACCUUUUGUCUGCCCAGUCUGUAACAAAUGUUUCUCCCGUAAGGACACACUCGGUUUACACAUUAAGCGUCACAAUAAGCGUCACACUGACAGUCAACAAUAACAGUGCCACAAUGCUGUUGCUGAUUGCCUAUAGUCAAAAUUAAAACAUUUGCAAACAUCUGAGUUUACUUUGGAAAACAAUGAUCGUCAAUCCUUCGAUAAUUGUUAAUAAAUACUUAUAAUAUAACUAAUAGAAAUUAAUUUUAUAAAAUAUAAUUACAACCAAAACUGUAUCCUUUGUUGAGAUGUAAUAAAAAUACUGGUAUGAUUUCCUCAUUUUCUGUUUAGAUUAAAUUAAUAAUCAUUAUAAUUAUUAAUAAUUAAGAUUAAUAAUAAGAAUAAAGAUUUUUUCCAAGGACAUAUAUCUCAAAUGUUUCUCAUUUUUUUUAUCCAGGUCAUUUCUUCAUUGUGUUUGUCAUAAAUUGAAGAAAAUUGUCCGAAAAGACACAGGUACAAUUGUUAAUGUCCAUGUAAAAUAUGGUUCGAAAAUCAUAUUUGAAGAAAUAAAAUAUUAAUCGAAUAAUAA